UAACUAGAUGUAUAUGGCAAUUGUAUUAGAACUGUUAGCGGAUCUGUGGCGGGUGGUGUACUAUAAGUGUUUGGAUUUAACGAAAAACCAUGAGUUUGUCUCUGAGAAAUGAGCUUGGUUUGGAGAAAUCUAAGCGAAGAAAGCGCAGAGAACUCACCAAUGAACAAAAGCAAGAAAUUAAAGAAGCUUUUGAACUCUUCGAUACAGACAAGGACCAAAGAAUUGAUUAUCAUGAGUUGAAAGUUGUGAUGAGGGCUCUUGGGUUCGAGGUGAAAAAAGCUGAUGUUUUAAAAGUGCUGAGAGAUUACGAUCGUGAGGGGUCAGGCACGAUAGGUUUCGACGAUUACAACGAAGUCAUCACAGAGUGGAUGUUAGAGAGAGAUCCUCAAGAAGAAUUAGGCAAAGCAUUCAAGCUGUUUGAUGAUGAUGACACUGGUAAAAUCUCACUCCGUAAUUUGCGAAGAGUCGCGAGAGAGCUCGGAGAAACCAUGCCGGAGGAAGAACUUCGUUCGAUGAUUGAUGAAUUUGAUGCUGACGGGGAUGGUGAGAUUAAUCUGGAGGAGUUUAUUGCUCUUAUGACAGGGGAUACCUAGUCUAUGUGUAUUCGAUGCAACUAACCUGAGAAGUCAUCAUUUUUCUAUCCUUUAGGUGGCGAUAAAUCUUUGUAUUUUGUUUUUUUGGAAGCAGAAAAAACCUAGCUGAAAAUGUGUAUAAAUAUUAUGAUGACUUUUAGUCUAUCGACGUGUAUGUUUAUUCUAAUGUUUUGCAUGUUCCAAAAAGUAGAUAUCAUCUUACCACAAUUGAUAACCAAGUCUCCAAUUUUUGAUUAAAUUAAUUGUUAUUAUAAAGUUAUUAUACUUGCGGCUGAUGCCAUAUCUGGUUGAAAUUCUAUAUUUUAUUAACAGUGUCAAAUUACUCUUGUUAUUGAAUCUGCUGCUAUAGUAUAUUGUUUUUCGUAUUAAUUUUGUAAUGUUUCCUAUUCAGUUUUAUAACUUUGUUAAGUCUUUUAAAUGCAACCAGCAUCAAAACUUCAAAUAUGGUUAAAGAUGUUAUUAUUAUGUUAAAUACACUUUCUGUUUUAUACACCCUUUAAUUUUUGUAGCUUAAUAUUAUAAGCAUCUUCUCCCUUGUGUGUGUUUGUAGCUAUUAUAUGUUUUGUUUUUUCUUUUGUAUGGCAUGCUGUAUAGUCUAUUAACAAAAAUAUUACUGUGUUUUGAUUAUUCUGUAACACAGAAAUAAAGUUAGGUAACCAUGUUACUGUAUACCAAUCUGCAUGUUUCAAUGCGUCCAUGAACAAAAAAAGAAGCCAUUCAAUAUUCUAA